AUGCUGAAAAAUGUUGAGGGAAUUCGUCUCUAUGGCUUGGACAAUCUUAAGUUCAAGACAUCACGUUCUGUCAAACUGGAAGAGCGUGAGGUGGCCGGUAUAUACGACACGCGGCCGCCGCAGCUUGAAACAAUCGUCCGUUUGACCACUGAACAUGAUGAUGAAAAUCUUUCACCUGUGGAGAUAGAGCAAUUAGCGGACGAGCCCAUGGAAGUCGAUGAAGACCCUGCCAAUUUCGAGGAAGACCUGUUGGUGUUUCACCCUGAGACAACAUUCUCAAGGCGAUUCAGGGAGCCAGCAUUGCUACUCGAGGACGAGAAAUAUAAAGACGAAGCACAUCAGUCAGAAUGGAGUGAUGGACCGCCAUCCUCAAAGCGUGCCAGAAUCGACGAUGAUGGGUUGCUGGAUGAGGCAGUAUUAGCAUAUGCUGCAUAUUUUGACGGCAUUCCAGACACACCAAACACGUAUGCAGAAGCCAUUGCUAGUGGUAAAGCAGAUGAUUGGAGCAAGGCUGUUGAUGCAGAGCUUCAUUCUCAUGCCCAAAAUCACACGUGGACCCUCGUUCCACGUAAAACGAACAUCCGUUCGAUUGGGUGCCGUAGGGUUUUAGCUAAGAAGCUGGAUGAGAGCGGUCAAGUUGUUAGAUACAAGGCUAGACUGGUGGCUCAAGGGUUUAAGCAGAAUUUUGGGGUCAACUUCUUCGCAACAUACUCGCCGGUGGCCAACGUGAACUCAAUUCGAGUUGCGCUUGCUGUGUGUGCGGCACACGCCUACAAGAUGAAGCAGCUGGACGCUGAUACAGCGUUUCUGAACAGUACGUUGGUGAAAACCGUCUACAUGGAAGCUCCAUGUGGUGCGAAGAACGCUAAGGGCAUGAUAUGCAAGCUAAACAAAGCUAUAUAUGGGAUGAAACAAGCAGCUAGCGCUUGGAACAAGACAAUUCGUCAUGUGUUCCUGCUUAACGACUUCAAAAGCUGCAGAAUUGAUCAAUGCGUUUACGUAAAGCGUGCCCGAGAUGGCUUCGUGUACGUGCGCCUAUAUGUAGACGACAUGAUAAUUGCGGCAAAAACAAGCGUUGAGAUUCAAGAAGUCGAGAAGGCGCUCAAAAACGCUAUCAGGAUGAAGGAGCUGGGUGCUACAAAGUUCAUUCUGGGUAUGGAGUUCAAUCACGACAUAAACGCCGGUGCGCUCAUGAUAAGGCAAACUCGGUACAUAGACGACGUGGUAAAACGUUUUAACCAGCAGAACGCGAAGAUGGUUGAAAAACCAUGCACUUCGAUCCUGAAGUUGUCAAAAUUAUUGUCGCCAACUACGGAAGAGGGACGUGCUGAAAUGAGGUAA